CGCUAUUCCCAAACAGGCUCUUUACCAUAUUCAUAUAUAUUUUUUAAUUUAAGUUUUUAUAUAAUGCUAAAUUUAGAGAAUAUAUUUUGCAUGGUGCUCGCGAGUCUCUGCAAAAUACAAGAUUAGAAUAUUGCUCGCGAGUCUCUGCAAAAUAAAGACUAUUUGCGCAAGUUUGUUAUCGUCUUCUUCGACGACAUUUUGGUCUACAGCACCUCCGUUGAUAUGCAUGCCGACCAUCUCUUGACUGUCCUCCGCAUCAUUGGUAAUCACUCAUUUUAUGUCAAGGCCAACAAGUGUUCUUUUGGGUGUUCUUGCAUUAGUUAUCUGGGUCAUUUCAUCACAGAGGGCGUGCUCAAACCGGACCCCGACAAAAUUUCGGCCAUGGUGGCCUGGCCUACACCGUCCUCGGUUAAGCAACUACGCGGGUUCCUCGGGCUCACGGGGUACUACCGCCGGUUCAUCGCGGGGUAUGCUUCAAUCGCCGCCCCCCUCACGGAUUUGCUCAAAAAGGACAGCUUUGUUUGGACACCUUCGGCCGAGGAUUCCUUCACCCGCCUUAAGGCAGCGAUGACAUCCGCCCCAGUCCUCCGUCUCCCUGACUUCACACAACCCUUCUAUUUGGAGACUGAUGCGUCCUCAUUCGGGAUCGGGGCGGUCCUCAUGCAAAAUGGGCACCCCUUGGCUUUCUUCAGCAAGAAAUUGGCGGCGGAUGCCUUAUCACGUCGGGACGAAGAGGAGGACUUGGCGGGUCUCUUCAUGGCUCUGGUACAGCCCUUGCCUCUCCUAAUGCGCGACCUCCGGUUGGAAAACCAGUCCCUACCGGAACUCCAGGACCUCCACGCAGCAGUUACGGCCGGCACAGCUUCCCCGGACUUUUCAGUACAUGAUGGGCUCUUAUAUUUCAAACGGCGGCUGUACCUGGGCAGGACUUCCUCAUUACAUUCGGCCCUACUGGAGGAGUUCCAUUCCACUCCAGCCGCAGGUCAUCAAGGCCGGGAACGCACCUUUCGGCGGUUGGCGCAAGUAUUUUCCUGGCCUGGCAUGCGGGCCGAUGUUCGUCGUUUCGUAGCUUCUUGUGCGAUCUGCCAAUCCACAAAAUACUCGACUCAAAAGCCCGGCGGUCUCCUUCAGCCUCUGCCUGUUCCAGUCCAAACGGACGGCCAGACCGAGGUCCUCAAUCGGAACUUGGAGCAAUACCUACGCGCAUUCGUCUCGGAACGCCCGACGAAAUGGUCGGUUUUUCUUUCUUGGGCAGAGCUUGCUUUAAAUUGUGGUCACCACGAAGGGUUGGGACUGUCACCUUUUCAGGCCUUAUAUGGUCGACCUCCGCCAUCCGUCUUUCCGACUAUUGCAGUGCGUUCACGAGUACCGGAGGUAGAAGAGAUGUUGCGAGAGCGAGCGGACCUGUUAACCGAUCUUCGUGGCCAUUUGAUACAGAUGCAGCAGCGUAUGCGGUCCCAGGCAAACCAGCAUCGUCGAGAGGUGUCAUUCACGGUUGGGGAUUUGGUGCUUCUCAAGCUUCGACCAUACUGCCAACACUCGGUGGCCCGACCUCUUUCCGCCAAAUUGGCACGCCGUUAUUAUGGUCCGUUUGAAGUUCUGGAGAAACUGGGGGCGGUAGCAUACCGUUUGCGUCUUCCAGAUGGGUGCCGAAUCCACGAUGUUUUCCAUGUUUCUUUGUUGAAGCCAUUUGUGGGCAGGCCAGGCGAUACACCGCAGGUUUCUCUUCCGGCGCAAUUCUUUAAGGGGCGGCCUGUUGCAACUCCAGUGGCCGCUGUGGACAGGCGUACGGUGAUGGUCGACGGUGCUCUUCAGGAACAAUGGCGGGUGAAAUGGUCAGAGGGGUCCAACGACGACACUACGUGGGAGCCAAAGGAUGAUCUGGUGCGCCACUUUCCAGACCUUCGCCUUGAGGACAAGGACGUCCUUAACGGGGGGGGAGUUGAUACGGGUGCGAUGGCGCCACCGGGUGGUAACGGAGCAGGAUCGGACAGACCCCGGAGGCAGGUACGGCCGCCCCGUCGCUACGACGACUAUGUUUAAUGUUUACUUUUUAGUAUUAUUUAAUUUCAUUCAUGUAACGUAGUUUUUUUUAGGAGAGCGGUCUAUAAGCUCCUUCAAGGGUUUUCUUUUCGGUUCUUUCCCUUGUCGCUUUUCUUGAACCGACAGGUUAGUUCUAGG